AUACUUUAAAUGAAGCUCGACGUUUGUACUACAAACACUGUAGUCUACGUGUAUUUUCCGGUAUUUUUUCGCAGCUCGAAAUGUAAAACCCGGUUGUUUUUCAAAUCCUGCUUCCAUUUUCCCAGCAAACUGUUGACAUUGACCAGUUAUUAGUGAACAUUCGUUUAUGGACACCACUCGUGCGACAGUUUUGUGCUACUAUGUGUAAAUAGCAUCAAUAUCGUGUACAGACAAUUUGCUAUUUAUAUAAAGCCGUGUAACGCUUCACUUUUGUUAUGGACGGCCUUGUUAAAGAACCUCUUUCAGUGAAGUGUUGUUUAGAACGUCUUGACUAAGCAUUUUUGUGUUGAACACCGGCGAGUGAACUGAGUAUUUGGAUUUUUUGUGAGUUUUCGUUAGUAAUUUAUUGUGCAGUGAUAAAUACUCCGCGCCCUCGCUUUUAAUCAAAGCGGAUGUUUGUAUUAUGGGCAGAGGCGGUGACGUGACGCGGUGAGCAUCAUGCCGGUUCUACGCAACGCCGACCACCCCGCCCACUCGCUGACGGACUCCACCGCCGCGAGGUACGGCGUCGCUGUCCUCGGCUCUUGGGCUGCUGAAGCAGCAACAUAUCCUUUCGACUUGACCAAAACGAGGCUACAAAUACAGUCUGAAGUUGCAGCCGCUAAACAUGGAUAUAAGUUGGAGACCCAUGGCAUGAUAAAAACAGCGGUGGGCAUUGCCAAGCAAGAAGGUGUGACCAAGCUAUGGACGGGUCUGAUGCCAAUGUUUCAACGCCACGCCAUCUACUCCGGCUGUCGGCUUAUCUUCUACGAACACUUUAGAAACUACUUCAAGGAUGAAAACGGAAAAGUGUCGCUUGGCAUAUCUUCCUUGGGUGGGUUAGCGGCAGGCUCCCUGGCACAGCUGAUCGCGUCUCCAACUGACCUGGUGAAGGUGCAGAUGCAAGCCGAGGGCCGAAGAGUUCUCCAAGGGAAACCACCAAGGUUCAAAAACUGCAGGGAUUGCUAUAAGAUGCUGUAUGCUGAGAGCGGGAUUAGGGGAUUUUGGAGAGGUGCCAUCCCAAACGUGCAACGCGCGGCCUUAGUAAACAUGGGAGAUUUAGCAGCCUACGACUAUACCAAACAGUUCCUAAUGCGAGAGUUCGGCAUGGCGGACACAGCGCUGGUGCACGCAGCCGCGGCGUUCACUGCCGGCUUCGUGGCUGCUGUGCUCGGCACGCCUGCCGAUGUACUUAAGACUAGGCUCAUGAAUCAGCCUGUUGGACCUGAUGGACGGGGCUUGUCGUACAAAGGCAUGAUUGACUGUCUCCAACAAUCCAUAAAGAAUGAAGGUAUACUGUCUAUGUACAAAGGUUUCUUACCUCUAUGGAUGAGGCUUGGACCCUGGGCGUUAAUCAACUGGAUAGCGUUUGAGAACAUCAUGCUGGCUAUAGGCGGACAAACAUUUUAGCUUAUAGGUGCUUUGAGAGCGUAGCCAGGAUGUAAGAGGUCCACUUUUCGACUUGAGGACCAGACGUUUUUCAUUCCUUCAUUUGGCCCUGGAAUUUAAGUAUAAUCCAAAACACAAUAUGGGGUUAUAUAUAUAUAUCGAUGACCAAGUUCAUGUUCUGAGAUAAUGUGCUAAUAAGUUUGACAAUUAAUAAUUCGACUGGAUUAUGCAAGCGUACAUAAAUAAUAAAUACUAUGCACGUACAAAAGAAAUGAUUGGGUGGGUAUAAAGCUUAUUUACUAUUUUCCAUCAAGUUCUGGCUACGUUCAACACUUGUUCCUUUUUUCUAAAGCUUAUAAAACUUUAAAUGAUUAAGGUCCUGGUGCUAGAAGACAGCUAGCAGCCUUGUUACCUCAUAACGAGAGCAAUAUACUUAAUUGAACCAAAUAGAAAUAAUUUGUUGUUACUUAAAAAUUUAUGAGAAAUAAUGUCACCAUAGUUGAGAAGUGUUAGCACCUCACGCUUAUGUUAAAAUUAUUUUUAAGGGCUUUGAAGCAAAUCCAUAUAGAUUACCUGUGAAUUUUCGGUAUUGAAACUGCUUCUUGAAGAGUAUACUCUUCCAGACCCUAUAAAAACAGUAUACGGUUUGGAUAAAAGCAAAAUAUAUAGAACAAAUAUUCUCAAACAAAGUCAGAUUUUUAGUAUAGUUGUUUGAAAGUUUGCGGGAAGUAGAAUUAGAAACGGCUAUGUUUAACACCAAGUUCCAUUUAUUUUUGCUACUAUGUAUUUAAUUUUACUACGAUUAAUUUCUGAAUAAGUAUUUUUUUUAAGUAAUGCAAUUUGCACAACAACAAUAGAUUAUCAUAAUUUACCUACUGAAUUCUCUUAUUAUAUAGACAGAUAUGAUAAAUAGUACAUCGAAGCUAGCACAAAUACAUAGUAUACAUAUUUUGUUUUUUAUAAAAAUACACAUAUACAAAAAUAGCAUAAUGCCUCAAAAUCUUAUAAAUAUUUGUAAAAAAGUAUAUAUUGUUGCCAAAGGUGCUAUUGUAAUCGUUUAUGUAUAAAAACUUAGAAACAAAAUAAGCUAAAAUAUAUUGGUAUUAAGUUUAAAUGAUAUAAUUUACUGGAUCACACCGAUGUCAAUUUUGAGACAUUUUUACAUAUUAUAUUGAAUGGAUAGCCGAUGCUUCAACAAAUAAAUACUGUGAUUUGAUAAUUAUAUAGCCACUAUGUAAUGAUUUCUAGAUGUGGACGCACUGCAAUAAAAAGUUUUACUUACAACCUUUUAAGAUGUCAUAUAUUUAGACUUGUUAGGCCCAUUUUCGCCUUCAACAUAAAAACGUUCGUUUCUAUUCAAACAACUGUUUUCUUUGAAAAUUUAACGUGAAAUUUAUUAUUUCUUUAUAUUGUCGCAGUUAUAAAAACAAAACUGAACAACCAUUGCAGCGCGUACACAUCUUACGGUUGAGUGUUUUAGACGUAGCUUUACGGUCCUGUUAAUUGGUAAUUGUUACAAAUUGUGAUGUUAUUAUUUAAAAUAAAUUAUUAUAAUUGUU